CGCAGCCUUCGGACUCCGGCCAACAUGUUCAUCAUCAACCUGGCCGUCACAGACCUGCUGAUGUGCAUCACCCAGUCGCCCAUCUUCUUCACCACCAGCAUGCACAAGAGGUGGAUCUUUGGAGAGAAAGGCUGUGAGCUCUACGCCUUCUGCGGCGCCCUGUUCGGGAUCUGCUCCAUGAUCACGCUGAUGGUGAUCGCCAUCGACCGUUACUUCGUCAUCACGCGACCUCUGACCUCCAUCGGCGUGUUGUCGAGGAAACGGGCCCUCCUCAUCCUCAUGGUGGCGUGGGCCUACUCCCUGGGCUGGAGCCUGCCACCGUUCUUCGGUUGGAGCGCCUACGUCCCUGAGGGCCUCCUGACUUCCUGUACGUGGGACUACAUGACCUUCACCCCAUCCGUGCGCGCCUACACCAUGCUGCUCUUCAUCUUCGUCUUCUUCCUGCCGCUCUUCAUCAUCAUCUACUGCUACAUCUUCAUCUUCAGAGCCAUUCGCUCCACUAACCAGGCGGUGGGGAAGAUCAGCGGCAGCACCCACAGCCACAGCAGCUCCCGGGACUCGGUGAAGACUUUCCACCGUCUGCAGAACGAGUGGAAGAUGGCGAAGAUCGCCCUGAUCGUCAUCCUGCUCUACGUCAUCUCCUGGUCGCCCUACUCCGCCGUCGCCCUCACCGCCUUCACUUCUUAUGACACCAUCUCUAUGGGAGGAGUCAGUGAACGCCACAGCAUCCCAAACAGCGGGGACGCCUCAGAGGGACACGUGACGAGAGCCCAAAUAGGGCGGAUCCCCAGCAUCGUCAUCACCUCCGAGACCAGCCCCUUCCUGCCCAUCGGGCGGAGCGGUUCGCGCACGAACCGAGCCAAAGCGUCCAACAACAACGCGGGGGCGGGGCCUGGAUAGAGCCCCGCCCUCCCAGCUCCACAGCAGUCAUGAAGCGGACCCACUCCCUGGCAGAACCACCCAUCAGAUAAAGCAGGGAGUAAAUCCAUCAUGGACGUUUGGA